GGAGCCCAGAAAGGAUUACUCCUCACCGGCUGUGCCGGCUGAGGAGCUGCCGGGACGGAGCUGGGCCGUUCGCGGGGGGAAACAACGAGUCAUGUCGGCGGCCCAAGGUUGGGACGGAAACCGCCGGCGAGGAGGGGGCACCGCGGGGGCCGGCGGCGGCGGAGGCGGCGGUGGCGGCGGUGGUGGGGGUGGGGGCCGCGGAGCGGGGCUGCUCAACCGCUUCGUGAAGCUCUGCGGGCCGCCGCACCUGCCAGGUAAGAAGAAAAUACGAUGGGACGCUGUUAGGAGAUGCUUCACUCAGUCCUGUCCCAUCCUAAGGAUCCCUAAAAGGUUUUUGAGAGGUCACAGAGCUCCACCGGCACGAAGUGGACAUCGAUGUGUGGCAGAUAAUACCAAUCUGUAUGUAUUUGGAGGCUAUAACCCGGAUUACGAUGAGUCAGGAGGGCCAGACAAUGAAGAUUAUCCUCUCUUCAGGGAGCUUUGGAGGUACCACUUUGCUACAGGAGUAUGGCAUCAAAUGGGCACAGAGGGUUACAUGCCCAGAGAGCUGGCAUCUAUGUCACUUGUGUUGCAUGGAAACAACCUGUUGGUGUUUGGAGGGACUGGCAUUCCCUUUGGUGAGAGUAAUGGCAAUGACGUCCAUGUCUGCAAUGUGAAAUACAAACGGUGGGCCUUGCUCAGCUGUAGAGGGAAGAAACCCAAUAGGAUUUAUGGGCAGGCAAUGGCUAUUAUAAAUGGCUUCCUUUAUGUCUUUGGAGGAACAACUGGCUAUGUUUACAGUACAGACCUACAUCGGUUAGACCUGAAUACCCGGGAAUGGAUACAGCUAAAACCAAACAACCUGUCUUGUGAUCUGCCAGAAGAGAGGUAUAGACAUGAAAUUGCACAUGAUGGGCAGAGGAUAUACAUCUUGGGAGGUGGGACUUCCUGGACAGCUUAUCCCUUAAAUAAGAUCCACGCUUACAACCUUGAAACAAACACAUGGGAGGAAAUUGCAACAAGACCCCAUGAAAAAAUAGGUUUCCCUGCAGCCAGAAGAUGUCACAGUUGUGUACAAAUAAAAAAUGAUGUAUUUGUUUGUGGUGGUUAUAAUGGAGAAGUGAUUUUGGGAGAUGUCUGGAAAUUGAAUCUGCAAACUUUCCAGUGGGUAAAGCUUCCAGCUGUUAUGCCUGAGCCAGUUUAUUUCCACUGUGCAGCUGUUACGCCAGCUGGUUGCAUGUACAUUCAUGGAGGAGUGGUGAACAUCCAUGAAAAUAAACGGACUGGGUCAUUAUUUAAGAUGUGGCUGGUGGUACCCAGCCUUCUGGAACUGUCAUGGGAGAAACUGCUUGGGGCCUUCCCUCACUUAGCAAAUCUCUCCCGAACACAACUUCUGCACCUUGGACUCACACAGGGACUCAUUGAGCGGUUGAAAUGAGGGUUUCUGGACUGUUCAUUCAUCAUGGAAAUAUUAAUUUAAAGAGACUUCUUUCUCUAUUUAUGGGCAGUGUGGAGUGUGCUACCAAGAGGAUUGAGUACCCUGAUCAAGGCCUUACUCAGAAAAUACAUCAGAUGCCUUUCUGUAAA